UUCUGGUACUAUAAAUUUAUUGUAUAUCUUGAACAUGUAAUACCGUUUGAAACAUGUUGGUUUUUGUUUUAGACAGGUAAGAUGAAAUGCUCUAUUGAGAAUACUCAUUAUGAUUAACUUGGUUCUCCCUUUGACUCGGCCAAAUUUAGGUUUAGGUUUGUAAAACAAAACAGGUGGUGCGGGUGCCUUUUCCUUUUGUGUUGAAUAAAUAGUGUCCUUAGUUCUACAAAUUCAUUAAAAUCUGUUGAACCGAAUACUCCACCAAUUAUAAUUCAGCCUUGACAUAAAUUUGUGCAUAUCAAAUUGGUGGAAAAAGGUGGUAAAAAUGGAGUGUAAAUUGUGAAGAUGAGAUGUCAGAAAGUGAUUAGAGUAUCACUUUGAUAUGGCCUUGGUGAUGCUGUCAGAUGAGAUACUCAUUAAGUCAUUAACCACGCUCUCUUCUACCCGACAGUCACAUACACUAUUCGCUUUCAUUUGAUUCUGUAGCCGAGCCGAGCCGAGCCGAGCCAAACCAAGCCGAGCCAGUAAUCCUAAGACUGGAACUGAAGUAGAAGUGGAUCCCACAUUCCACCCCUGGCACUGUGGCUUGUUUCUUGUACUAUUGCACAAUACACUCGUUUGUUUACUUUACUCAUUCACUCACUCUGUUUUCCUCUUUUUCUCUGUGUGUUUUUCUGUGUGUUUCUCUCUGUGUGUCUCUAAUGGUGAAGAUACCAAUUGAGUAAAACAUACAUACAGUAGCAAUUAAGUAGUUUUUAUAGUUAUAUUAAUGGAGGAGAGACUAGUACUAGUGACAGUGUUGCUCAUAUUCCUGGUUCUACACCAGCAGCAGGUCAGGGUGGUUGAGGGUGUCUGGUGCGUGGCUCGCAGUGUAGCAACCGACGAUGUGUUACAGUCAGCACUAGACUACGCCUGUGCAGGUGGUGCUGAUUGUGGGCCCAUUCAACAAUCAGGUUUGUGUUUCCUCCCAAACACUCUACAAGCUCAUGCUUCAUACGCCUUCAACAGUUUCUACCAAAGGAAUCAUAUGUCUGCUUCUUCAUGUGACUUCUCUGGUACUGCCACACUUGCUCAGACAGAUCCCAGUUAUGGAUCUUGUGUAUACCCUUCUUCUCCAAGUACAGCAGGAAGCAUAACAGGCACAGGCACAGGCACAGGCACAGGCACAGGCACAGGCACAGGCACAGGCAGCGCCACACCAACAACAAGCCCCUACGGAACAGCAACACCACUCACCCCCACCACCACCACCACCUCACCAACAACCUUCAGUGGUGGUAGUGGAGCAGGACUUAAUCCCAAUUCUAUGGGCCCUCCAAUUUCUACCACCAACGAAUCCACAGCUCCUCCCAACUCUUCAUCUCUUCUUUUCCAGACAUUGCUUUUUCUUCUGUUUUCAGUUGCCUUUUAUUGUACAAGAUAAAACAAGCUUAAUUUAGACGGACGGAUAGAGAGCUCACCACAAUUUUGUUCCAAGCUUGGGGGCGUUGCACUAAGAAUUUGUAAUGUAUGUUAAAUUUCACGCAUGUAAUUUCCUCAAUGUGGAAGAUGAUGUAGGAGCUAAAGCUACUACAUUAGUGGGUGGUUACCAAUCUCGUUCUAAAUAUGACUAUUGUAGUCUCUAGUUUGUAUGCUAAUUGCUUACUUAAUUAGGUUUCUUGUCCCUUUAUUCAUUUUUUAUUCUACAUUACUGCUUCAUUCAGAA